AUGCAACUGCCUCCCUCGCAAUCGAGCCUGGCAGCAGCUGCAGCAGCAGCUGCAGCAGCAGCCGCAGCAGCAUCAUCACCUGCUGCAGCUGGUGGUGCUGCUGCUGCAGCAGCUGACGAGCCCCAGCUGCAGCACAGCUUAACGCAGCUUUCGGAGGGAGAGGUUGGUCCGCUUACAGUUGCUGCUGCAGAGCAGCAGCAAGCUGGGAGGAUGCUGUGGGCUGUCGUUACACCUCAAACCGUCAAUAAUCAAACAUAUGCGCAGCAGCAGGUGCUGCUCUACCAGCAGCAGCAGCACCAGCAGCAGGUGGAAGCGCUGCGCAGAGAAAGCCCGGAUACAGCAUCGCUGCUGUUGCAUGAAUCGCAGCAGCAGCAGCAGCAGCAGCAGCAGCAACAGCAACAGCAGCACCAGCUGCUGCCGCAUAAUGCGCAGGCAGAGGUGCUGCUGCAGCAACAGCACCUGCAGCAGCAGCAGCAGCAGCUGCAUCUGAUAGAAGAACAAACACAAUGGAGACAGAAAAUAGAAGAGCAGCAGCAACAGCAGCAGCAGCAGCAACGCUUGAUAGAGCAGCAGCUGCAGAAGCAGCAAGAAAUGGAGGCGCAGCAACUGAAGCAGCUGCAGCAACUCGAGCAGCAACUGCUGCAAGAGAAGGAGAAGUGGGAGGGGCAGCAACAGCAGCAGCAGCAGCAAUUGCAGCAAACGUAUGCAGAGCAGCUCCAGCAGCAGCAGCAGAUGCUGCAGCAACAGCAGCAGAUGAUGGUGGAUUCUCAGGAGCAGCAAAAAGCCUGGCAGCAGCAGCAGCAGGAACAGCUAGAGCUUCUGAAGCAGCAGCAAGAGGAGUACCUGCGGCUGCAGCUGGAGCAGCACGACCACGAACUGCAGGAGCAACUGCAGCAGCAACUGCAGCAGCAGCACGGGCAGCAAGAGCAGCAAGAGCAGCAUCUGCAGCAGCAACUGCACCAGCAACAAGAGCAGCUACUGAAGCAACAGCUGAUGCUAGAGCAACUGCUUCAAGACGGAAGCCGCAUGCACUCGAACCAGCAGCAGCAGCAGCUGCUGCGGCAGCAACCAGAACAUCAGCAGGAGCAGCAGCACCACAAGCUGCAGCAGCGGCAACAACAGCAGCAACUGCAGCAGCUGCAACCUGCUUACGAGCACCGCAGCAAUUCGCUUGGGGGAGUCAAUGAGGACACCGUUUCUGCUGCUGCUGCUGUUGCUGCUGCUCCUCUCUCAUUGCAGCAGCAGCAACAGCAGCCGCAGCAGUUUGCUGCUGCCUGUACGCGUCGCUCGCUUUCGUUUCCUCUCAGCAGCAGCAGCUGGCCUCAGCAGACCACCAGAAGAGAGGUAUCCUUCCCCCUUGCAGCAGGAUCUGCUGCUGCUUCUGCUGUUGCUGCUGCUGCUGCUGCGGGCAAUUACACCCCACAGCUGAAGCAAGAAAUGCGCUGCUAUGCCGAUUUACCAGAUGCUGCUGCCUCUCCUACAGAGGCAGCAGCAUCUGCAGCGGCAGCAGCAGGUACAGCAGCAGGGGUUGCAGAAGCAGCAGCUGCAGCAAAGUUUCCACGGGCAGAACCUUCACUUGUGCAGCAGCAGCAGCAGCAGCAGCAGCAGCAAGGAGCGCAGCACUUGCUGCAGAGCAACAGCAGCAGAAAUUUUGAAGCACCAUCUUGUGAUCCGCAGCAGCAGCAAGAAGAGCUGCUGCUGUCUUCCCAUGAGACUGCUGCUGCUACUGCUGGUGCUGCUGCUGCUGUGCAGCAGCAAGGCGAGGCCUUGGAGCCGGGUGUCUUCGCAGCAAAGCGGCGACUGCUGCAGCAGCAGCAGCAAGCCGGGUUGCUGCAGCAGCUGCAGCAGCAGUGGGCCCAUGAGGCUGGAGCGCAACAAGGAGAAGAGCUGCUGCUGCAGGAAGCACUGGAGCAGCAAUUGCUGCUCCAGCAAACAACGCCCGAGCAGCAGCUCCUGCUGCAGCAUGAGCAGGAACUGCUGCUGCAGCAGGAAGAAGCGGAGAUGCAACAACUGCGGCUGAUGCAGCGAUACGAGUCUCUGCAGCAGCAGCAACAGCAGCACCAGCAGCAACAGCAGCAGCAGCAGGGUGCUUUCUUGGUGAAUCAGAAGCAGCUGCAUGAGAGCUGCUGCAGCCAUGCAGAUGCGUUGCUGCAGCAGCAGCCGCGGGUAGAGACACUUCAAACGCAGCAAACAGAGGCGAACGUGCUGCAGCAGCAACAGCAGAAAACGGUGCAGCAGCAGAAGCAACAGCAGCUGCUGCUGCCCAGAGAGAGCAACGAGCUACUGCAGUUGCCUUUGUGCGACGAGCAUAAGCACAUUGCUGCUUCCCUGCAGCAGCAGCAGGCGCUGCAGCAGCAACAGGCACUGCAGCAACAGCAAGCACUGCAGCAGCAACAACGGCUACAGCAGCACCAAAUGGAGGCCCUGCAGCAGCAGCAGGAAUGGCAGCAGCAGCAAAUGCUGCAGCUGCAGCAGCAGCACAUGCUGCAGCUGCAGCAGCAACAGCACCGCAGCUUGGUGUCUCCUAGAAGAAUUCAGCUGUCUAGGCAGCAUCGGCUGCAGCAGCGGCUGCAGCAGCGACAUGAGCGUCGGCAGCAAUCUCUUUUGCAGCAGCAGUGGGUGUUGCUGCAGCAGCAGCAGCAGCAGCUUCAGCUGCAAGGACAGUUGCAGCAGCAGCUGCUGCAGCAGCAUCUGCAGCUCCAAAACCGCGACCAGCUGCAACUGCAGCAGCAACUGCAGCAGCAGCUGUUGCAGCAGCAGCUUCAGCAACAAAUGCAGCUGCUCAGUCUUCAAGAGCAGCAGCACGCUCAGACAACCCCACGUACAGCUCUUCUGUCUGUGCAGCAGCAGCAACAGCAGCAGCAGCAGCAGGAUGCAUACAGCGAGAGGCAAGAGAAAUCGCCCCUUGAGGAGGAGGAGGAGCAGCAGCAGCAGCUUCAAGCUGCCGCUGCUAGCAAGCAGUACAGCGACGAGCAGCAGCAGCAGCAGCAAGAGCAUAAUUCUGUAGCUGACGGACGACAGCAGCAGGGAGAAAGAACUGCGCAGCAGCAGUUAAACACUCAGCAGCAGGUGCUGCAGCAGCUGCAGCAAAAGGACACCACACAGCAGCAGCAACAGCACAAACGCAGAGAAAAAGAAAGCCUGACGGCGUGCGGCAGCAGCAGCAGCAGCAGCAGCAGCAGCAGCAGCAGCAGGUGCAUUUGCGGCGAUCUGCAAAUGCAGCAGCAAGUGCUGCAGCAGCAGCAACAGCAGGUGCAGCAGCAAAUGCAGCAGCAUUUGUUGCAUCAGUCCCCCAGUGGCGCUUCCCUCGCGUCGCUGCAGGAAGGCGGAGAGGCUCUAACGGGUCAGCAGGAGCAGCAGCAGCAGCAGCAACAGCUGCAGCAGCAGGGUGAUUGGGGCUGCCGAUGCGGGGCCCCUGAGUGCAGCUUUUGUGCAGGAGACAGGAUUGAAACAUCAGCAGCAAUUACAGCAGCGGCAACGAGCGACGCGGCAGCAGCAAUUGCAGCAGCAGCAACAAGCGAAGCAGCAGCAGCAACUGCAGCAGCACUGCAGCACGCUGAGAACCUGCAGAGACACUCUGCCUGCUGUCUCCUGACCGAGCACCAGCAGCUGCUGCACCUUCAGGCAGUGGGGUGUGCAGCAAAGCAACAGCCCCAGCUGCUGCGAAGCCCGCAGCAGCAGCAGCAGCUGCAGCAACAGCAGCUGCCGCAUUGUGGUCGUGCUGCUGCUGCACUUUCUGUCGCUGGUUUCGGUCCUACUCCUUGCUGCUGCAGCAGCCUGUGUGCACUGCUGCCUCAGCCGCAGCAGGCGUGUAGCGCAGCAGCAGCAAGAGCAGCAGCAGCAAAAAGAACUGCUGCACCAGCAUGUACUACUGCUGCCAGCACCCCCAGGCAUAUGCACAACAAGCCCGAAGCAUUUGCUGCUGCAGCAACGCCGCAUGCAGCAGCAGCAGCAGCAACUGACCGCCCUUGGAGCUGCUGGGGAGGUAGCUGCUGCAGCAGCAGCAGCAGCCGCUGCAGACCAGGGAAUGAACAGCUGCAGCAACUGCAGAAGCAGCAGCAGCAAGAAGCAGGUUGCAUCCCCUUAUUCCCACAAAGAGAUACACUCAGCAGCACUGUCUCCUGCAGCUGCUGCGUUUUCCGCAGCAGACAAACCCCAGAGGAGCUGGAGCAGCAGCAGCAGCAGCAGCAGCAGCAGCAGCAGCAACUGCUGGUGCACCGCUUGCAGAAACGGCAGCAGCAGUGCAUGCAGCAGCACUUCAGCGUUGAGGCGCCGGAGGCUAACCCCCUAAUCCUGCAACAACAGCAGUGCUGCGUGCUGCAGCAUCAGCUGCAGCAGCAGCUGCAGCAGGACAACAGAGGGAAGGACCUGCUGCUGCUGCUUGGAGGGAGCGGAAGCAGCCAUGAUGCAGGCACAGCAGCAGCUGCUGCGCGACCGGUACAAAUGUCUGCUGCUGCUGCUGCUGCUGUAGUGACACCUGACGGCGCAUGCAUACGGCAGCAGCGUUUCGAGCUACUGCACCAAACCGCAGAGAUGCAGCAGCAGCAGCAGCAACAGCAACAGCAGCAACCCACUCCACGUAGUCCCUGCAUUGCACCCUCACCAGCAUGCCAGCAGCAGCAGCAGCAGCACUUGCUACAGUUACUGCAGCAACAACAACACGAGCAGCAACUGCUCUGGCAGAACAGCAGCAGCAGCUGCUGCUGCUGCCGUGUCAGCGGCACUUGCAGCAGCAGCAGCUGCUGCAAGUGA